AAACCCUCCCUUCCACCCAUAGAAUCCAUCACUGCUCUACCGAUCUUUUCAAAUCUUCUUCCAGCUACAAAGAAACGAGAACCACUCCGCCAAUUCCCAAACGUCCAAAGUAUGUCAAGCCAAUGCUGCAUCUCCGGAUUCAAAUGGGACGGUGCACCCACAGGCCAUGAUACGACACUGGGAGACCUGAAUGCAUAUAUGGCAAAAGCGACAACAACUACAUCGACCACAAAUAGUGGUGAAGAUGACGUCGCCGUAUUAUUCAUCCACGAUGCAUUUGGGUGGACGUUCGUGAACGAGCGCUUGCUAUGCGAUUCGUACGCCGAAGAGAUUGGAGCGACUGUGUAUAUGCCCGAUUUCUUCGCCGGCGAAGUGAUUCCCUCUGACAUUGUCCGCGAUCCGAAACGCUGGAAUGAAUUCGACUUCCCAGGCUUCAUAGCGCGGAAUUCGCGGGAAGAGCGAUGGCCGCAGAUCCAACAAGCAGCCGCAACCCUCAAAACGAAACACCGCAAAGUGGGCGUUGCGGGAUUCUGUUUUGGCGGAUGGGCGGCAUUCGAACUUGGGUCCGACGAGUAUACUCCGAGACUGGUGGAUUGUAUUACAGUCGCUCACCCGACCAACUUGACCACAAACGACAUCGACAAGAUCGGCGUACCGGUGCAAAUCUGCGCUCCGGACGAAGACCCCAUGUUCACGCCCGAAAUGAAAAAGUACGCAAACGAAGUGAUUCCAACAAGGGGAUGUGCGUAUGAUUACCAGUACUUCCCAGGCGUGACGCAUGGGUUCGCUACACGGGGGAAUCCGGGUGCGGACGGGGAGAGGAGGGCGAUGAUGAGAUCGAAAAGGGCUCAGGUUGGGUGGCUGAAGGAAUGGUUGCACGGAGGGGAAUAGAUAUC